AUGGCAGGAGUUGCGCUAACCACUAGCCUUGCAAUGGUCCAAACCUCACGCACAAUAUGCAUCCGCAGCCCCUUUUUUUCCAGGGUCUUUCAUCCUACUUCUCAUAAAAACGUUCAGGUGCGUUUGCUGGCGUCUAAACCACCAUCAGAUGCAGCAAAACGUGGUGUCGAUGAGGUGAAGAAAGCCAGUAACAACAUUAAAGAACAUGUUUCUUCUCAAACCGAAAAUAUUGCCAGCCAAUCUAAAGACGCAGCCGGCAAAGUUGCGGGGGCUGCAGAAAACAUAGCCGAGAAAGCGAAACAAAAAGCACAAGAUGCAUGGAAGGCUGCUAAAGAUGCGGCUCAGAAAGUGAAAGAAAAUGUGCCUCAGAAGGCCGAUGAGGCUGCGAAUGCCGUAAAAGAAAACAUAGACAUCGCCAAACGCAAAAUAUCUAAAGAUUAA